AUGGCAGUGGCAAGUAAAAAAACACAAUGCUUUAAAUGCAACAAAGAAAAAAUAACAUAUUCUUGCGAAGGGUGUUCAAAACGAUUUUGUUUUAUGGAUUUAGCAGAACAUAAACAAAUAUUAAAUGAUGAAUUAAAUCAUAUUAUUAAUGAUUAUGAUGAAUUUAAACAAACAAUUAAUGAACGAAAAAAAAAUCCACAAAAUCAUUCAUUAAUAAAACAAAUUAAUCAAUGGGAAACAAUUUCAAUUGAAAUAAUUCAACAAAAAGCACAAGAAUGUAGAAAAAUUGUUAUUAACUCUUUACAAACAUUUAUGGAUGAUAUUGAAAUGAAAUUUACUGAUUUAAGUGAACAAGUAAAACAAAUUCAUAAAGAAAAUGAAUUUAAUGAAAUCGAUUUAAAUUGUUUAUCAAAUCAACUAAGAAAAAUUAGAGAAGAAUUAAAUGAUCCAACAAAUAUUUCUAUUAAACAAAGCUCACAAUUAUUUAUUAAUGAAAUUUCAAUUAUUUCAUCAAGAAAACCAAAAUUCAACAAAUGGAAACAAAAUGGCAUCACUGUAGCUGGUGGAAAUGAAAAAGGACAGAAAUUAAAUCAAUUCAAUGAGCCUGCAGGAAUCUUUAUUGAUAAAAACAAAAAUAUUUUCAUUGCUGAUUCUUUUAAUGACCGUAUUGUCGAAUGGAAACAUAAUGCAAAACAAGGACAAAUCAUUGCAGGUGGAAAUGGAGAAGGAAAUCGAAUGAAUCAACUGAAUUAUCCAACAGAUGUGAUUGUUGAUCAAAAAAAUCAUUCGAUCGUUAUUGCUGAUCGUGGGAACAGACGAGUGAUUCAAUGGUUGAAUCAAAACCAACAAAUUAUCAUUCCGAAUAUUGACUGUUCUCGUUUGGCAAUGGAUAAAUAUGGAUUUCUUUAUGUUUCUGACUGCAAAAAGAAUGAAGUGAGACGAUGGAAAAUGGGUGAAUACAAAAACGAAGGAAUUAUAGUGGCAGGUGGUAAUGGAAAAGGAAAUCGACUUAAUCAACUGAAUCAUCCUACUUUCAUCUUCGUUGAUAAAGAUCAAUCUGUUUAUGUAUCAGAUAGAUACAAUGAUCGUGUGAUGAAAUGGAGAAAAGAUGCAAAACAAGGAACAGUUGUGGCUGGAGGAAAUGGUCAAGGAAGAAAUCUUAAUCAAUUGUCUUAUCUUCAAGGAGUAAUUGUUGAUCACUGGGGUCAAAUCUAUGUGGCGGAUUAUGGGAAUCAUCGAGUAAUGCGUUGGUGUGAAGGAAAAGAAGAAGGUGAAAUCGUUGUUGGUGGAAAUGGUCAUGGAAAUCAAUCAAAUCAAUUGAAUGGUCCCAGUGGUUUAUCUUUUGAUGAUGAAGGAAAUUUUUAUAUUGUUAAUUAUAGUAAUCAUCGAAUUGCAAAAUUUGAAAUAAUAUUGUGA